AUGAGGGACCACAACUAUGGGGCGCGCCCCCCGCCCACUCCCCCGGCCUCCCCUCCCCCCUCCAUGCUGAUCCGGCCGGGCGAGGGGCUGUUUGUGCCGGGGGGCCUGCAGGACGAGGCUUCCAGGGGCACCACACUCAGCACCUCGGAGGAUGGCAGCUACGGGGCCGACAUCACCCGCUGCAUCUGUGGCUUCACCCACGACGACGGCUACAUGAUCUGCUGCGACAAGUGCAGUGUGUGGCAGCACAUAGACUGCAUGGGGAUCGACAGGCAGCACAUUCCUGAGACGUACCUGUGUGAGCGCUGCCAGCCGCGCAUCCUGGACAGAGACCGUGCCAUCGUGCUGCAGACCCGCAAGAGGGAGAACAUGUCCGGUGAGUGGAGAGAUGGUGAGAUAUAUACCUACCUUUUCCAGUCCCUCCCAGUGCGCUGCAGUAAACAGCUCUCAGAUCAGAUGGCAGUGUGAUAAAGGCUGUGCAU